AUGUCUGCCAACGGGCCUGUCUCCCCGCGAGAGGGUGCGUCUGCUGCUCUCGACGGCCUCAGAGGAUGGGCCUGUCUUCUCGUCUUCAACUUCCACUUUCUCUUCACAUACACCAACAAGUCGAUGGUAGGCUGGGGAUUCGCGCACAGGAACCGGAACGUCCUCCAGCUGCCCGUCGUCCAUCUGUUGAUAUCAGGCCAUGCCAUGGUGGCUGUCUUUUUCGUGCUGUCCGGAUACGUGCUCUCGUACAAGAGCUUGAAGCUGCUGCGAACCCGUUCAUGGGAGCAGGCCUUCCGCUCUCUUGCUUCCUCUACCUUUCGUCGAGCCUUUCGACUCUUUAUACCCGCAAUCGUCUCCAUUCUCUUCAUUACCUUGGCCGUCCGUCUGGGUGUCUACGAUUACUCCGAAUGGGUCCGCCAGGAGGGACGGACGAUCACAGGCACCGACGAGGAACACCCCCCCAUUUUCCUCACUUGCAAAGAGCAGAUAUGGGAUGCGUAUCUUGCCGCCGUUCAUCUCGUAGAUCCGUGGAACUGGAAUCUGUAUUAUAACGCCUAUAACCCGCACUUGUGGACAAUUCCCGUGGAGUUUCGCUGCUCCCUCUUUCUUUUCAUCGUCCUUCUAAGCACCUCUCUGCUUCGGAUCUGGUGUCGUUUGGCAUCCGUCUCAUUUCUGACCUUCUAUUGCAUCCGAUGGGGCCGCUGGGACGUGGCUCUCUUCUUGUCCGGCAUGAUGAUGGCUGAGCUCGACAUCACCUACAACGGGGCUACACUCAGUCACGGCCAUGCUACACUCCUCCCAACGCAAGCUAACAGCACAGAAUAUAGCGUCGAAAAGAUACCCCCAUGCCACCAACCGUUGUCCCUUAGAGUCAUGUACAUCCUCGCCUUCUCGCUCGGGCUCUACAUCGCCUCCUGUCCCAACCGAUUCCAGGAAUAUACCCCGGGUUUCCGCUUCCUCUCCACCUUUACACCCAAAUCAUACGCUGAAAAGCACCGCUUUCUCCAGUCCAUAGGCGCAAUCAUUCUUGUCUUCUGCAUAAGCCGCUGUCACACACUCCAGCGGCCUUUCCUCAACCAUCUAGCCCAGUAUCUAGGCCAUAUCUCUUUCUCCCUAUAUGUCGUGCAUGGUCCUAUCCUGCAUUCUCUCGGUUACUCGAUCAUGUCGUGCAUAUGGCAGUGGAUGGGCAGAAAGAGUGAUUUUCAGUUCUGUCUUGGCCUGCUACUCGGGUAUGUUGUGUGUUUACUUGUGUCGAUAUGGGCUGCGCAUAUGUUCUGGCGUGUAGUCGAUUUGCCUACCGUUCGAUUCGCCAAGUGGCUUGAAUAUCAAUUAUCAGUUUCGUAG